CGCCAAUGGGAGCAAAGGCACGCCCCACAGCACAUAAGUGACGGUGUUACUGGGCAGACACGCUGAGGUGAAGUACGGGAGUUUGGAGGGAUCAAAACAUAAACAGGCAGAGGAAAAGCAGCGAGGCGGAAGGGCUAAAUAUCCAAGGGAACAUUUAUUCAGUUUCUAUCAGGUUUAUAAAACACAAUGGAAAUAGAGACACCAAGCGACAUAAAUGCUAAUGUAGUAGAGUCUGAUUCUGAACUAAGUGGAGUAGAGCAAAACAGGACUGAAGAAAAUGGCGAUUUGGCCGAAUCUUCCAUUAGUGAAGCCAGACUUAAUGCCAAAGCGCAGCGGCGCCUGAGGAAGAAUUCUUCCCGAGACUCUGGAAGAGGCGACUCUGUCGGUGAUAAUGGGGACAGCACCCGGGCAGUUCUGCCCACAAGCCCAAAGUCAAAACUUAUGGAUAGAAAAUCCCGAACUGGAAAAGGAAGAGGCUUGCCAAAAAAAGGAGGAGCUGGGGGUAAAGGAGUGUGGGGGACACCCGGACAAAUUUAUGAUGAAGAAAUUGUUGAUAUCAAAGAUCCAAAUUAUGAUGACCAGGACAACUGCAUGUAUGAGAAAACUGUUCUUCCUCUAGAUGAAAAAUCCUUUGAGAAAUCAGUCACUCCAAUUGUGCAGGAAUAUUUUGAACAUGGGGAUACAAAUGAAGUUGCAGAAAUGUUACGAGAUUUAAACCUUGGGGAAAUGAAAUGUGGCCUGCCAGUGUUGGCAGUGUCCCUCGCUCUGGAAGGAAAAGCCAGCCACCGGGAAAUGACAUCCAAGCUUCUCUCACAUCUCUGUGGAACUCUACUUAGUACUGAGGAUGUGGAACGAUCAUUUGACAAACUCCUCCAGGAGCUGCCGGAACUGGUUUUGGAUACUCCUCAAGCACCACAGUUGGUGGGACAGUUUAUUGCCAGAGCUGUUGGAGAUGAGAUCCUGAGCUCCACUUACUUAGAGGGCUACAGAGGGACAGUGGAUUGCAUUCACUCUCGUGCGGCAUUGAAUCGGGCAGCAUUGUUACUGCGGAUCACAAAGGGAGGAAGAAGAAGAAUAGACAGUGUUUGGGGCACUGGCGGGGGACAGCAGCCAGUUAAGAAGCUGGUUAAAGAGAUUGACAUGCUGCUGAAAGAGUAUGCGCUUUCUGGAGAUGUUGUAGAAGCAGAACGGUGCCUGCAGGAGCUCGAAGUUCCUCACUUUCACCAUGAAUUAGUUUACGAAGUGAUAAUGAUGGUUUUGGAAGCAACUAGUAACAACACAUACACAAUGAUGCUUUGUUUGCUGGAAGCCUUGUGGAAGUCAGGUGUUAUAACACUGGACCAAAUGAAAAGGGGAUAUGACCGAAUAUAUCAAGAAAUUCCGGACAUUAACUUGGAUGUACCCAAGGCAUAUUCUGUACUGGAGCGAUUUGUGGAGGAUUGCUUUAAAGUUGGAAUUAUUUCCAGACAAAUAAGAGACCUCUGUCCUUGCAGAGGAAGAAAGCGGUUUGUAAGUGAAGGAGACGGCGGGCGCCUGAAAAGAGAGAGUUACUAACAAUCGGCAGCCUCCCUGUCUCCCAUGAUGAGGAUGAAGAAGGAUUUUGUGGGGCUUUUCUACUUAAGAUGUAAAUGUUAUGGGUAACAGCCUUUAAAUAACCGUUUUUGUUAUGUCACAGAUUCAGGGUCAUUUACAUAUAAAGCUGCUCACCCCAACAGGGGAGAAUUUGUAUAAGCUGCCCCCUCUGAAGUGCCAUUAGCUUCUACUCUAUUCCAUGCUCUGCACUGGUGUACACGACUGUAAAAUCACGAUUAAAACAAAGCUCUUUAUAACACGGGAAUUACUUCAACCCAGGUGCCUCCAGGCUGUUGGGGGAUGCUGGUAGUUGUAGUUUAACAGCACUUAAGAGGCCACAGGUUGUGUGUAUCUGAUUUAACCCCUCUUUGGCUGCUGCUUUUCAAAACCUUGACUUUGGAAGUGGGAUAUAAAUUACGUUCUGUUCUCUGUGUGCUCUGGGGUCGCAAUGGUUUGUUAGGGUUAAUAAUAAAGGGAUGGGAAUGAAUCUUUUGUUCAGAAUAUGGUGGCUGGAACAUCUAUUUUUCUACAAAAACCAAAUAACUGGAAAUUCGGAGAUCUGCUGUGAAUGUGCAAAUAAAUACAAAUAAAUAUUGCGAGUGAA